CCUAACCCCUAUUAACAUUUUAGAAACCGAGGUCGGAGAAGGUGAGAAGGCGAGAGGGAGGGAGAGAUGGCGACGAUCAGCUUGCGGAAGGGGAACACUCGGCUGCCGCCGGAGGUGAACAGGGUGCUGUACGUGAGGAACUUGCCCUUCAACAUCUCGAGCGAGGAGAUGUACGACAUCUUCGGCAAGUACGGGGCCAUCCGGCAGAUCCGGGUGGGCACCAGCAAGGAGACGAGGGGGACGGCCUUCGUCGUCUACGAGGACAUCUACGACGCCAAGACGGCCGUCGACCACCUCUCCGGCUUCAACGUCGCCAAUCGCUACCUCAUUGUCCUCUACUACCAGCAGGCCAAGAUGACCAAGAAGGUCGACCAGAAGAAGAAGGAGGACGAGCUCGCGCGCAUGCAGGAGAAGUACGGCAUCUCCAAGGACAAGUAGGUCCUCCCGAUCGACCAUAACGGCAACCGGAAUUAGUUGGUUUUACCCACACCUCUGCUUUUUCCCCUUCUUCCUCCUUAUGGGUGUCCCCUGUUAGGGAUUUUCUUGAAUUGGGUCGGACUAUGUGCUUGUAUAUGGAAGUUAGGAACUCCUGGAAAUAGAGGCUUUUGUAUCCUCUUUGUCUUUUCUAGGGUUUCGUGCUAAUACGGGACCUUGUUCUUGUAGGAUUGGAUAUUAAUUGAUGAAGGAAAUUAGGGUUCUACA